UAUAAAUAAGCAAUAAAAAAUGGACUAUUGUUCAUUUAAGUGUUGUGUGCUGUUUCUGAUGACUGUAACAGGUCAUAACACGUCUCUAAAACUCCUCCUAUUAAGGAAGUGUGGAGUCUGAGACGACUGCAGUCCUUCAUAAACAGCCUGCAGUCUUCUGCUCUGGAGAGUUUAGGUUAAAUUUUAUUCUUAUUAUUUAUUUGUUUAUGGAGAAACCCGAGUCUCAUUUUUAGCACUGUGAAAGUAAGUGAUUAAAAACUGGAACUACAAAGUCAAGUAUUAACAAACCUAAUAUCAGUGUUAAUUUUCAACAAAUUUUGAGGGUUGGGACUGGAGAGAACAACAACAGCAGUAAAGUAAAAUGGCUUCUAAGUUCUCAGAGAAGGAUUUCUCCUGUCCUGUGUGCUAUGAAAUCUUCAAGGAUCCAGUUGUUCUGAGCUGCAGUCACAGUGUGUGUAAAGUGUGUUUGCAGCAGUUCUGGGCGACCAAAGGAUCCAGGGAAUGUCCUGUUUGUAGGACAAAGUCAUCUCUAGAAAAUCCUCCCUUAAAUCUGGUCUUAAAGAACCUGUGUGAGAUUUUCUUACAGGAGAGAAGUCAGAGAUCUUCAUCAGGGUCUGAAACAGUCUGCAGUCUGCACAGUGAGAAACUCAAACUCUUCUGUCUGGAUGAUCAACAGCCAGUGUGUUUGGUAUGUCGGGAUUCAAAAAAACACACCAACCACAAAUUCUGCCCGGUUGAGGAGGCAGUAACAGACUGUAAGGAGGAGCUCAAAACUGCACUGAAGCCCCUACAGGAGAAAAUAAAGAUCUUUACAGAUUGUAAACUGAACUGGAGUCAGACUGCAGAACAUAUAAAGGUUCAGGCCCAAAACACAGAGCAUCAGAUUAAGGAACAGUUUGAGAAGCUUCACGAGUUUCUACGAGAUGAAGAGGCAAUCAGGAUCACUGCACUGAGAGAGGAAGAGGAGCAGAAGAGUCCGAUGAUGAAGGAGAAGAUUGAGAAGCUGAGCAGAGACAUAUCAUCUCUUUCAGACACAAUCAGAGCCAUAGAAGAGGAGAUGAGAUCUGAAGACGUCCUGUUCUUACAAAACUACAAGGCCACAGUGAAAAGAGCCCAGUGCACACUGCAGCAUCCAGAGGAGCUUUCAGGAGCACUGAUCCAUGUGGCAAAACAUCUGGCCAACCUGAAGUUCAGAGUCUGGGAGAAGAUGCAGGACACUGUCCAAUACACCCCUGUAACUCUGGACCCCAACACUGUUCAUGCUGAACUCAUUGUAUCUGAUGAUCUGACCAGUGUGAGACUCAGUGAUGAGGAAAAGAAACCUCCUGAUAAUCCAGAGAGGUUUGAUUAUUGGGAAUGUAUCCUGGGCUCGGAUGGCUUUAACUCAGGGACACACUGCUGGGAUGUUGAAGUUGGAGACUGUACACACUGGGCAUUGGGUAUAAUGAUUAAAUCUGCUCAGAGAAAGGGGUGGAUAUUCUCCAGAAGUGGAAUCUGGUGUGUGGGGUAUUAUAAGGGUGAAUAUAGAGCAGGUUCUACACCACAGCCAGAGAGUCUACUCUCAGUAGAACAGAAACUCCAGAGGAUCAGAGUGAAACUGGACUGGGACAGAGGAAAUCUGUCAUUCUCCAACCCUCUCACUAACACACACAUACACACUUUCACACACACAUUUAUUGACAAAUUACUGCCAUUCCUAUAUUUUGGUUGUAAAGAGUCUUCUAUAAAGAUCCUCCCACUUCAGAGCUCUGUAAGAGUUAAUCAGAUCAGUUAGAGCUCAUAUUGUUUUAUUCCAGUUCAUUCAUGAAAUAUUGCAGGUUAAAAGAUUUUUAAUAUUUGUGAAAGUUUCUAAGUCAAAAUUUAAAUCAAAAUAAAGUUAAAAAACUAGAAAUAUUGA